AUGCAUCUCCCAAGUUUCAUACUCGCCGCAACGGCCCUCUCAACAUGGGCCUCACCACCCCCAUUCACAUACAACCGCACAACAUUCCUCCUCCACGGAAAGCCCUUCGUCAUGGUCGGCGGACAAAUGGACCCGCAACGAAUCCCAAGUGAUUACUGGUGGCGAAGACUACGCUCCGCCAAAGCAAUGGGCAUCAACACCAUCUUCAGCUACACCUUCUGGAACGAGCUGGAGCCCGAAAAGGGAAAAUGGAGCACCCACCCAGCCAACAACAUCACCCACUUCGUACAAGUUGCCCACGAAGAAGGACUAUACGUGGUGCUCCGUCCGGGACCAUAUGUCGGCGGUGGACGAGACUGGGGCGGUCUUCCAUACUGGCUCUCCAAGGGCGGUCGCACCAAAGUACGAAGCUAUAACAUACCGUUCCUUAGUGCCACGAAAGACUAUCUGUCAAGACUGGCUAGUGAUCUAUCUCACUUGCAGAUCACGAGGGGAGGAAACAUUCUCAUGGUCCAGGUUGAGAAUGAGUACGGAUCAUAUGGCGAAGAUAUGCAAUAUAAGCUCGCCUUGCGGGACCUCACCUCCCACUUCUUCGAUGUUCCCCUGUAUACUAUGGACAGAGGGGACGAAGACUUCGUCAGGGACGGAUACAUCCCAGGUGUACUAUCCGUCGUAGGCGGUGGACCAAACGGAUUCCGUAUACGUGAUAAAGUCAUCACCGAUCCUUCUUCUCAUGGUCCCCAUAUCGACGGGGAAGCACACAUCGCCAACCCAGACCACUGGGGUCCUCAAUCCAAACACCACUCCCUCAACCAGAACCUACUGAAUACCUACAUACACAACAUAAACACCACGUUAUCGGCAAACAACUCCAUCAAUAUAUACAUGCUCCACGGCGGCACAAACUUCGGCUUCAGCACCGGCGCCCUAUCCGGAAACACAACCUUCACAACAAGUUACGACCACAACGCCCCGAUCAACGAAGCAGGCCGCACCACAGCCCCGUACCACACCCUCCGCGGCGAAAUCCUCAAACACAUCCCCAACCGAACCGCCGUCCCCGAACCCCCCGCGAACAUACCGCUCAUGGCCCUCCCAGACGUUGUUCUAAAACCCUUCACAACCAUCCGCGGCGCCAUAACACGCACAAUCACGAGCCCCGAACCCAUAUACAUGGAAAGACUCAGCCAAGCAUACGGCUUCAUCCUGUACGAGCACAAAGUCAGGGCCGCAACAAACGGCACCCUAAAAGCAGGUGAUCGGCCCCGCGACAGAAUCAUAGUCUACGUAAACGAGCAUCAGAAAGGCGUAAUCGACAACUUCUACGCCUAUCCUGCGACCAUAACCCUCUCUCUUAAAAAAGGUGACACGCUACAACUUCUCGUUGAAAAUACCGGCCGCACAAACCACUGGGACAAAAAGUCCAAUCUGACAAACACGCUGCUCGAUCCGCACAAGGGGAUACAGGGCGUCGUGUCGGUGGGGGAUUCCGUGCUUCGAGAGUGGAAGGUAAGCCUAGCACCGUGUAAGAAACGACCGGUUCUAUGGGGCAGAAUCAAAGGCGGGAUUCAAAAGGGCGCGAUGCCGGUGUUUUACAAGGGCAAGUUCUUGGUUCCGACUGUGAAUAAAAACGAGAGCCGGUCCAAGCUGGAUACGUACUUGACCAUUGCGGGUGGCACAAGAGGCGUGGUCUGGGUAAAUAGUUUCAAUUUGGGUCGGUACAGGAUUGUUGGGCCUCAGCAGUCAUUGUACUUGCCGGGUGCGAUAUUAAAACCGGGUGUGAACAACACAGUCACAGUCUUGGAGUUGAAGCCGUGGAAUGUCACCAUGGUUGCGAGGGGCGAGACGACCAGGAGGUGGGAGAAUCACCCUGACCCGGACGCGCCAAAGUCCCCUGGCCAGUGA